AUAUUUUUAGCAUGCACCGACCAAUUUUGUCCGGAAGGCACAUUUUGCGUUGAACGUUAUAUAGUAAAAUGUCGCAAUCCACCUUGCGCUCCAAUUAUCUCCUGUGUUCCUGAUGAAGUUAAAGGGUGUAAAAAUCACGAGCCAUGCCCAUCAGGUGAAGUAUGCGUGGAAAGAAUAGUGCCAUGUAUUGCCCGGUCAUGCCGAACAAUUGCGAAAUGUGCUAAAAUUGGAACCUGCGAUGCAAUGGCCUGUCCACCAUCACAUAAGUGUGAAAUGAAACCGAAACCAACUUGUGUAAAAACUAUUUUUUCUUCUGAUGAUGUUGAACAAGCUAUUCGCCAAAUGAAAGAAUAG